UAGGGGGACAGCCCCACGCUAGUGGCCACCUCUCUCCAUGAGAGUAGGGGACAGCCCCACGCUAGUGGCCACCUCUCUCCCUUCUCACCCCAGCCCUGCUCCCCAUCAGUUUCAGGCUCUGGGGAGUCUGUGUGCUCUCCUCCAUCUCUCCUCUAAAGCUAAAUGAGGACUCCACACCCAGGAAAAGCAAGGAAUUGCUUUCCCCAUUCUCUGCUUAAAACAGAUGCAAGCCCGUGCUCAGCUCUCCGGCUCAGCAUCAAAUGAGAGCCCUCUGGGAGCCGUGUAGCAGAGGAAGGAUUUGCUAGAGUGUGACAGAUCUUGAUUUGACUCUCAGCCCUGAUACUUAAGGCUGUGUGACAUCAGCCAAGCUUUUUAACCUCUCUGAGUCCCAGUCUUCUCCUGUGCUGAAUGGGAGAAAUAAUAGUGGCUACUUCAUGGAUCACAACCAGCUCCCAGACUGCUGUCUCCAAGCUGACAUGUGCUGAGACUCCUGUUCAUGCCUGGUUCCUCAUGGUUCCUUGAACGUUUUUCUAUGACUGUUUCUGGAACUCAUCUCUCUCCAAUAAAUUGAUUUUGGGAGUGGGAUCCUAGACAGUUGACAGCCAGCGACAAGGUCAAGGCGCCAAGCUGUAGUAAGUAGCCGGUGCCCUGGUGUGGAAGUGCCAGCCCCAAACCAGCUGCUGAGAGAGGGAGCAGGGGACACCGCAAGCACUCGGGUUUCUCUCACCAUUCCUGAGGCUCGUUACAGCUGCUCCGGUGUGCCAGGCAGUGAGGCGGGGUGGGGCACAGGGGACCAGGAAGAGGAGAUAACCAUCCCGUCUGUCCCUGUCUUCCCUUCUGUUCUCUGCCCCGGGGUCUUCCCGUCCUCACCUAGCUCUCGUCCUGCCUGUCAACGGUGUCCUGCUGGUUUAAACUCCUUCCCACUUUCCACCCUUAGCCUUUCUGUGUCUGUCCCUUUUCUAGUCAGUCACUCCUGCUUCUGCCAUGCCUUCUCAUGUAUAUUCUCUCUCUCCCCCUACACAGACGCACACACGCGUGCACGCACACACUAUGCACACACGCACAGCAUUCCAAGUGUAAAGUAUCAGAAGAGGAAAUGGACAGGAGGCGUUCAGACCCCCAACAGUCAAAGGCCAAAGGCAAACAUCCUAUCAUCUCCUUCAGACUUAGAAUUUGGAAACUAAGCUACCAGCAGCCUUGACCUGUGUCUGCCUCAGGCACACUGGCCUCCAGUCUUGGCACUGGGUGGAAGAGACAGACCCCUCUAGACCUUUCUGGACCUCAUUCUCCACCCCCAGCUGUGCCUGAGCCCUCCCCACCCCCUCCCUCUCGCUUCAGAUUCCCCUAAUCCCUGCUCCCCCGCCCUCCCCUCUGCCCCACUUUUCCAGGACUCUGAUUGGCUGAUUCUGACUGGGCUGGGGGAGGGGGGAUGGUAAAGGAAGGGGGCAGAGGGCAGAAGCAAGGGAAGGGGACACUGUCAGGCCCAGGCCCCUAGGGGGCCAGGGCCAGGCCACUGCCUGGGGGGCAGCAAGUACCAGCUACUGAAGGCAGCCUGAGCCGGGCAGGGCCCCUCCCUCUGCUCCGGCAGCCCCCCAUCAUGCAGCCCCCGAUGGACCUCAAGCAGAUCCUGCCCUUUCCACUGGAGCCAGCCCCAACUCUGGGUCUCUUCAGCAACUACAGCACAAUGGACCCUGUACAGAAGGCUGUGCUCUCACACACGUUUGGAGGACCCUUGCUCAAGACCAAGAGGCCAGUCAUUUCCUGUAAUGUCUGUCAAAUCCGAUUCAAUUCUCAGAGCCAGGCUGAAGCACACUACAAGGGUAAUCGCCAUGCCCGAAGAGUCAAAGGCAUCGAGGCUGCCAAGACCCGCGGCAGGGAGCCUAGUGUCCGGGAAUCAGCAGACCCAGCUCCAGCAGGCAACACCCCCCCAAGUGGGGAUGGUGUAGCCCCUCGUCCAGUUUCCAUGGAGAAUGGCCUGGGUCCAGCUCCAGGAUCCCCAGAGAAACAGCCUGGCUCCCCAUCCCCUCCCAGUGUUCCAGAGUCUGGACAGGGUGUAACCAAGGCUGAAGGGGGAACUCCAGCCCCAGCUUCCCUGCCUGGGGGUAGCAAGGAAGAGGAGGAGAAGGCUAAGCGUCUGCUCUACUGUGCACUGUGCAAGGUGGCUGUGAACUCCCUCUCCCAGCUUGAGGCACAUAACAAAGGUACUAAGCACAAGACAAUUUUGGAGGCCCGAAGUGGACUGGGGCCCAUCAAAGCUUACCCUCGGCUGGGGCCUCCCACUCCUGGGGAACCAGAGGCUCCUUCCCAGGACCGAACCUUCCACUGUGAGAUUUGCAACGUCAAGGUCAAUUCGGAGGUCCAGCUGAAACAACACAUCUCCAGCAGGAGGCACCGAGACGGCGUGGCCGGGAAGCCCAACCCUCUACUGAGCCGUCACAAGAAGCCUAGGGGCGCUGCGGAGCUGGCGGGCACGCUGACUUUCUCCAAGGAGCUGCCGAAGUCCCUGGCCGGUGGCCUGCUCCCCAGCCCCCUGGCGGUGGCUGCGGUGAUGGCCGCUGCAGCAGGCUCCCCGCUGUCCCUGCGCCCAGCUCCAGCCGCACCUCUUCUGCAGGGACCACCGAUCACUCAUCCUCUACUCCAUCCGGCCCCGGGACCCAUCCGAACUGCGCACGGACCCAUCCUCUUCUCCCCUUACUGACCUCAACCCUGAACCCCUCCCGUUGUAUUCCCCCACCUCCAGCCGGGACCCAGGCCUUCGGGCUCCCAGCCCGCCCCUCCUCCUGGCGCUCCCUGAAUGGUCUGUCCUUCCCCCCACCCCGAGGUACGGGGUUCCAGGAAAGGGGAGGGGUAGCGGGGGAGGGGGGCUUAAGAAGGGGGGGAACACCCCAGAUCUCAGGGAACCCCGCCCCCUGUCCUUCCCUCUCCCCUAGAAAAGAGGGGGUCCGUCUCACCCCCGAGCCCCCUCGGAGACACCCCCUCCCAAAAGCCAUGUUCAUCCAACCCUUCCCCUCCAAACCUAGCACAAAACGGGGUUCACAAGCCAUGGUCGGGCCCGGGGGGAUAACAUGGAUUUUCUUGGCAAUAAGCGGACUCUGGGACUCCGGCCCCCACCCCAACUAAAGCGCUUCCUCCGCAGGGGGAGGGGAGCAGGCGGGAUCCUGGGUCCCUCAUAAGCACUUUGGUUUUACCGCCUGCAACCUCACUGUGCCCGCCCCGCACCAUGCCCCAUCCCAGGUCCAGUCGGGCCCAUAGCAGGGGCAGCAAGCACUUGGAGGCGUCUCAGGCACUUGGGUGGGACCAAGGAGAUGCCCUCGUAGACCCUUCCCCUCACCUUCUUACUCCCCAGUCCGGGUUCCAUUCUUUUCACCAGCACCCAUCGCCCAAGGGGUAUCAAGGGGGGCAAGGGGUGUCCAGUCCAAGCCCACCCCCGCCUCGCCUUCCGCAAAACUGUGAGCAAAAAGCAAUAGAAGCCUCGCCCCCGCCUCGCCCCACCUCUUUCCGCAGGAUUUGCCGUCUGUAGCCUCCCUGAUCCCAAUCCCGAGACCUCAUGGCUGCCACCUCCCGUGACACUUCCACUGCACAACUCGGGCGGGGGCGUGACCCCCAACCUGUCCCUUCUGUGGUUUCUGUGUGGUCAGCCCUUCCAGCGCCGACCUGGGAUGGGGACCGGCCCCCACUGGCCCUCCCCUCCCUAUGGACUCUUUCUGCUUGACGAUGUAGCAACCCCGCUCCACCUCCACCCUCCCCUUUUCCUUCUUGAAAAUAAAGUCUGGAUUCGUUUUGCCCUCUGC